AUUGUUAAUGCCAGUGUGGUUGUGUGUGGGUGUGUGUGUUUGUGGGGGUUACUCACUCUUCUUCAGUCUUCAUGCUCUUUCUUCUUUUUCUUCUACUGGGUAAGAGAGAAACACUGAUUCGGUGUUCCGUCUUUGAAUCUUUAUCGAUUCUGAACUUGUUUUAUUCUCUGUGAUUCUCUGAUUCAAGCGUUAAAGAUUGGAGCUUGAGGCAUUUAAAGAACUGGUUGGCUUCUGGGUUUUAAGGGUGAUAAGGUAAACUAUGGAUAUUUCAGACUGUACAAGGAUUGUUUUUGAUAAAAUUCAGAAAUUUGAAGCUGAGCAUGCGACGAAAAUUGUUGGCUACCUCCUCUUGCAAGAUCAUGGUGAGCAGGAAAUGACUAAAUUAGCAUCAUGCCCUGAUCAUGUGAUCAGAGAAGUGGCAUUUAAUGCCAAAAUGGAGCUUCAGAGGUUGGCCACUAAACAUUCGAUACUUCCUCUCCUAACUCCUAUGAACCCUCCAAAACAAGGUUUAAACCAAUCAUCCAUGAUUUCUUCUAGAAGCCCUACUUCUCCGGCAAGCUUCCAAGUUCACUCGGCUUUUUGGGGACCACAGUCUAAUGCUAACACUACAAACACAGAUUUUAUGCCAAUGAGUUACUUUGAUUCUGUCUCAGAACUUCAGAAGCAGGCCCAGUUGUUUGGUUUAGAAAAUAAUAUAGAUCUAGUGAAUGCUGGGAACACUGAGAUUGUGAAUGAUUAUUUUAGCUUAGAUUCUUCCCCAGGAAAUUUAAAUAUAAAAGCUGGUAGAAGGUUUUCAUCUGAAUUUCCUGUCAAGACUUGUCACUAUUUUAACAAAGGUUUCUGCAAGCAUGGAAGUAGUUGUAGAUACUAUCACGGGCAAGUUGGUUUGGAGAGACUUUCGCAGAUGUAUGGACAUGAUGCCACUGACGAUGAUCAAGUAGUUACACCGGGUUCACUAGCACAAUUAGAGUCAGAAAUUGUUGAGCUCCUGAAACCAAGAAGAGGGAAUCCUAUUACAAUUGCUUCCCUUCCGAUGGCAUACUAUGAAAAGUAUAACAAGGUACUUCAGGCUGAAGGCUAUCUAACUGAGAGCCAGAGACAUGGCAAAUCUGGCUUUAGUUUGACAAAGCUUCUUGCCCGAUUGAAAAAUAGUAUUAGGGUCAUAGACAGACCCCAUGGACAGCAUGCAGUAAUUCUAGCAGAAAACGCGCCAAGAUACUUGGAAAGAGGAGAUCCUGGUAAAAAUAUCAGCGCAUCGCGACAAAUUUAUUUAACUUUCCCAGCUGACUGCAGUUUCACAGAAGAGGAUGUUUCAAACUACUUCAAAAAUUUUGGAACUGUUGAAGAUGUAAGAAUUCCUUGCCAACAGAGGAGGAUGUUUGGAUUCGUAACGUUUGCCGAUCCAGAAACGGUGAGGACAGUUUUGGAAAAGGGGAAUCCCCACUAUGUUCAGGGCUCCCGGGUGCUUGUCAAACCUUACCGGGAAAAAUCAAAGAUCAUUGACAGGAAAUACCCUGAGAGAAUUGAGCCUCCUGUUUGCUAUUCACCGCAAUAUGGAGACAUACAUUCUGAACUUGCCUCUAUGCCAAUAAGUUGCGUUAGCCCUACAUUUCUGAGGAGGCAGCUCUAUGAGGAGCAAGAACAAGCCCUUGAAUUUCAGAGGAGACGUCUCGCCGCGCUGCAAACGACCCAAAACUUACCGGCAAAUCCAUCUUAUCUCAGCUUUUCCAUGGAUGGGCUAAAAACUUCAGAAGACCCUUUCAAUUUUCAGUCUGCAGAACCUUUAAACAUUAAUGUGACUGACAAACCUAGGUAUAUACAGACCAAUUGUACUGAUGAGGACAGCCAAGGACUGGAUCUCCCUGACAGCCCUUUUGCAUUUCCCUCGGAUAGUGGAAUUUCUACAGUCUUAUAGAUUUGGAAACUAAUACAGGAGAAAGAAUAUAGAGUUGAAAACAGCACCAGACAAAAGCGGCAUCUUUAACUUCAUACACUUACAAGUUUUAUUAUUAUUCUCUUUGAAUUGUUGGAAACAGAGAAGAAGAAUAUAUGAUGAUACAUAUAAUGUGGUUUUAGGUUUUACAUUUUACCGUAGGAAGGAAGUUUGAGUUUUUUUUUUUUUGUUCCCUUUUUCUUUUCUUCAAAGGUUAUGUAGUUGGGAGAUUACUCAAAUCAUCACCAGGCAUAUAUAUUCAUAUAUGAAGCACUUUUUACUUUCUA